AUGGAGAAGCAGUCGGCAGAAGAGCGAAACCGUGACUGGCAAGCUUCGCCAAACCCCAGCGACUUCUUGGGUACUUCACUUGUCGAGGCAACUUGCUGCCCCUGCGGCGUCUAUGGCCGAACCUCACGACGUCUCAGAGCUGCCCUCGGCGGUCGUGAUGCCGAUGACCUUCCCGAAGAGGGCUGCGUUGCACCCGACUGCGUCCAGUUUGCCGUAUGCUUUCCCUUCUACGGCUGUCUUCUGGCCAAGCUUCAAACCACUGUCCGAUCAUUUUACGACAUCGAGGGGGCCGAUGUCUCGGACUGGUGCCUUGGUUGCCUCUGUCCCUGCGUCACACUUGUGCGCAACGAGAAAGAAAUCUUGCUUCGAGAGAGCCAGCAUCAACGCCUCAAAAACGUCCUCGAUCGUGACAGCUCCGUCCUCGAACCGUACCGACCUCCAGCUCCCAUGGAGAACCCCAUCGAUCAGUACCGGCCUACAGUUCCAAUAGAGAAACCCGUCGACAAGUACCGGCCUUCAGGUCCCAUGGAAAACCCCGUUCCAUUGCCAAACAUCCCUCGCAGUACAAUUAUGUCCCCUGACGAUAUCGAGUCAUCGCUUGACACGCGCAUCCUGCCAUCCAUCGCAGAGGAGCCCUCAAACGCUGCUGAUCCUGUGGCAUCCGUCGACACAACAGUUGUCGAGGUGCAUGACCUUGGUCAAGACAAGGAUCUGGUUCCCGUCCAUGGCACAAGCACAACCCAUCGUCUCGAGGAUGACAUUGCCACAUUAAUCAACCCUCCUGCGAUUGACACGUCUCAUGAACUUAGGCACGAUGCCCAGACUGCCCACAUAGAGGUCCCAGGUACAGGCCAUUCAGUUGACCAAGAUCAACUCGAACUCUUGAACCUCGCUGGGAAUGAUUCAUCCAAGCAUGAUAUCGACCAGGAUCAGACGGCACCAAAAGCUCGUCCGGUGACUCCCCACGAGUUGCAAGACGAUGCUGUGGCUCCUCCAACUCGCCCAGGGCCGGUUCCGCAUUCACUUGAUGAGGAUGAGGCAACGUCCAGCAAGUCUACACCACGCAGGCCUCACAAACUCCGAGAUGACAAGUGA